UAGUUUAUAAACCUCAUCAUGGCCGGACAGCAGAGCAUGGCUCUCCCUUCUGUUGAAGAAAUGUCGAUCAAGGGCGAUGAACCUCCACCUGAGUACAUCGUUAAAGAUUCCACCUUUGGAUCUAUCGAGUCUUCUCCCUCUUUGGGUUCCAUUCCCAUUAUCAAUAUCGGUCUCUUCUCUUCCCUAUCUCCAUCACAUGAUCAUCAUCCUAAACAAGUUGAGGAUGAACUUGAGAAACUAAGAUCUGCUCUAAGCUCAGGAGGAUGCUUCCAGUUUCAGGCAAUAGGUCAUGGGAUUUCAAGUUCAUUUCUUGACAAGGUACGUGAAGUUGCAAAGCAAUUCUUCGCUCUACCGGCAGAAGAGAAGCACAAGUACUCUCGAGCAGUCAAUGAGUCUGAAGGCUAUGGAAACGAUGUUGUUGUGUCAGAAAAGCAAGUUCUUGACUGGUCCUAUCGCCUUACUCUCAGGGUGUUUCCUGAAGACCUAAGAAGGCUUCAUCUUUGGCCCCAAAAUCCAACUGACUUUGGAGAGAUGUUACAUGAAUACGGAACAAGGACAAAGUCUGUGAUCGAUCUUCUGUUCAAGGCCAUGGCAAAGUCACUGAAGUUGGAAGAGGAUAGCUUCUCGAAACAAUUUGGAGACCGCGUACUGAUGCAAACCAGGUUCAACUUCUAUCCAUCUUGCUCCAGACCCGAUCAGGUUCUUGGCGUCAAACCUCAUACAGAUAGGUCAGGAAUUACAGUUCUCUUGCAAGAUGGAGAAGUAGAAGGUCUUCAAGUUUUCAUAGAAGACAGAUGGGUUAGAGUUCCUAUAAUUCCCGAUGCUCUUCUUGUGAACCUCGGUGAUCAAAUGCAGAUAAUGAGCAACGGGAUAUUCAAGAGUCCGAUGCACAGGGUGGUGACCAACACAGAAAAGAUGAGAUUAUCAGUGGCAACAUUCAGUGAGCCAGAGCCACAUAGAGAGAUUGGCCCCGUGGACCUCCUAAUAGACGAGAAGAGGCCGAGGUUGUAUAGAAAUGUGAAGAAUUAUGGUGCUAUCAACUACGAGUGCUUUCAAAAAGGGACGGUUGCUCUUGAAACAGUAAGAGUUUAAGCAUGCAUGCAUCUGGAAUUAGCUAGCUAGCUAGCAGCUGGGAAUUUCAUUGGCAUAAAAACCAGCUUCAAGAAUAAUGUACGUAUACGUACCAUUAAGCAUGCAAGCUGUGGCUAAAUUUGGAAUAUUACAAAUUACUCUAUAAGUUUUACAGAAGUAAUGUUAAAUACAGUCAUAAAUU